AUGGGCAGUGACCAACACACGUGCUCUAUGGCGUCCAAGCAAUCACGGAAACGGUCAGUUAUUACUCUAGAGAAGAAGUUGAAGUUAAUUAGUGAAUUGGAAAAGGGGCAAUCAUUUCGACUAGUCUCUCAGCAUUAUAACAUUCCGAAGUCAACGUUGGCUGACAUCUGGAAAAGCAGAGACAAGAUUUCACGCCAUGUGUCAGGUAGUGAAAUUCCAGACGGUGCAAAGAAGCGUCGAGUUGUAAAGGAGCCGCAGUUUGAGAAGAUCGACGAGGCAUGCUACAUGUGGUUUGCGCAACAGAGAGCGAAGGGAGCCUCGGUGUCAGGACCUUUAUUGCAAGAGAAAGCCUUGGCCCUGUUCCCUUCGCUUUAUCCUGACGAAGAAUGGACCAGUUUUAAAGCUAGCUCUGGUUGGCUGCAAAAGUUUUGCAGAAGACAUGGAAUUCGUUCUAUGACACUUCAGGGUGAAAGUCUGUCUGCUGACUUGGAGGCUGUGGACCCCUUCUGUCAUGAAUUUCGAACCAUGUUGGAUCGUGAGGGAUAUAGCAAGGACCAAAUAUUUAACGCGGACGAAACUGGACUCUGGUGGAGACUGCUUCCAUCCAGAUCACUUGUUUGUUCUGGGGAGAAGAAGGCAUUGAACUUCAAAAAAUCCAAGGACAGGAUUACACUGCUGGGUUGUGCUAAUGCGUCUGGUACAUUUCGCAUGCCUUUGUGCACCCGCUCACCCUCAGUGGAAAUCCUAAAGUCAAGGGACGGAAAAGUGAGCACUCUCUUUCUUCCAACGAACACGACAUCACUGAUACAGCCUAUGGAUCAAGGAGUUCUCGAAGCAUGUAAACAAAGAUACAGAAAACAUCUCCUCCGGUACCUGAUUGUUGAGAAUGAAAAAUCAUGGAAUGAGGCUGCUGGUGAUAGUCUGAGGAAAGCCUGGAAUAAACUUUUACCUACUGACACCAUCUGUGUGAGCGACAGUUGGGAUUCAACCGACAACCUUGAAAUGUUGGAACUUUUCUCAGAACUGGGGUACAUCGAAGGUACUGAUUCUUGGCAAACUCCUGAAGAGUGGCUAAAUGAAGACAACUUUGAUCCUGGUCAUCAGCUGUUGACCGACAGCGAAAUUGUUGCAGAGGUAUUGGGUGAACAAACCAAUGAAAGUUCAGACUCAGAUAGUGAAGAUGCAGGAUCCAAAGAAGCAGCAACAGUGACUAAUGCAGAGGCAUUUGAAGCUCUAGGUACAGUUCUUGAGUGGUUAGAAGCCAGAGGGGACACUGAUUCUUCGCAUUUACUCCUAGUAAAGAAAUGGAAGGAUACAGCAGCUAGACUUCGUAGGAAAUCGAUGGUACAGAAUAAAGUCACCACAUACUUUACCAAGUAA